UGUUACUCUAGCUUCUGCUUAGCCUAACUACUUUCCGUCUGGUAUUCACUCCUUUGCAAGCGAGUAAUAUCAGUUUAAAGCUUACUUCUCUACCUCAGCUGCUACGAUAUGGCGGGGAAUUUUUGGCAGAGUUCUCAUUAUCUGCAGUGGGUCCUGGAUAAGCAGGACCUGAUGAAAGAGCGCCAGAAGGACCUGAAGUUUCUCACAGAAGAGGAGUACUGGAAGCUACAGAUUUUCUUUGCCAAUGUGAUCCAGGCUUUAGGUGAACACCUGAAGCUGCGUCAGCAGGUCAUUGCUACUGCAACUGUUUACUUUAAACGCUUCUAUGCCAGGUAUUCUCUGAAAAGUAUAGAUCCAGUUCUCAUGGCUCCUACCUGUGUUUUCCUGGCUUCUAAAGUUGAGGAAUUUGGAGUUGUAUCCAACACCAGGCUGAUCUCUGCAGCAACAUCUGUUUUGAAAACAAGAUUUUCCUUUGCCUUUCCAAAGGAGUUCCCCUACAGAAUGAAUCAUAUAUUAGAAUGUGAAUUUUACCUUUUGGAGCUGAUGGACUGUUGCCUGAUUGUGUACCACCCCUACAGACCACUGUUGCAGUAUGUGCAGGAUAUGGGACAGGAGGACAUGCUGCUGCCUCUGGCCUGGCGAAUAGUGAAUGACACGUACAGGACAGAUUUGUGUCUGCUCUACCCUCCCUUCAUGAUCGCCCUGGCCUGUCUGCAUGUUGCCUGUGUGGUGCAGCAGAAAGAUGCCAGACAGUGGUUUGCAGAGCUCUCGGUCGACAUGGACAAAAUCCUGGAGAUUAUCCGUGUCAUUCUGAAGCUGUAUGACCAGUGGAAAAAUUUUGAUGAUAGAAAGGAGAUAGCUGCUGUCCUAAAUAAGAUGCCAAAACCCAAACCACCUCCAAACAGUGAGAGUGAUCAGAGCUCCAAUGGGAACCAGAGCAACUCCUACAGUCAGUCUUAGCAUGCCGUCUGUAUUUCCGUGGGAAUCCAUAAUGUCGACGUGGAGGAUCUUCUUGUAAUGUCACAGUGCAACCAUUACAGUGUCACUUGGAAACAGUCACAAUAAUCAGAAAUUUGAUCCUCAAUCAACCCCCACUCCCCAACAAACUGAGUGUCUUUACCUUUUCCUCCUUGUCUGAUCAUUAUGGGUUUGUGGACUGAGCGAGAAACACGGAAAUGCCUGCAGUGAACAGCAAAUCGAAUACAACAAGCCAUGACGUUGUCUCGAUUAGGCUCCAACUUGAAACGAACUUAAAAGCCAAGGAACAUUUUGGGGGUGGAGGGAAUGUAGGGGGAACAGAUGUAAUGGUUCAGUAGACACUCGUCAUUGUGACGAUCCUGACAUCCUUGAACAGUCCAGAGGAGUGAGUGUUUACACGUCGAGCUCCGUGGGAUUUGAAAAAACAAAACUUGAUCACGAGCACUGUGCGUGCAUGUCUGUGUCUGUGUGUACUAUAUGUGAGCGGCCACUCUGGGUGGGUUUUAAUUCCUCAGGGAUUGCAGUAGUUCUUUUUUUUUUUUUUUUUUUUUUUUCUGUUAAUUGAUUUUGAGCUUACAGGGUGGAUCUUAUUGGUUAUCACCCUGUUCAGCUGUGAUGGGAUGCACCUGCCCUGUUAAGUGUCUCUGCUGGCUGAUUGGUAAACUGUGGCUGGAGAAAUGCCAAGAGAAGCUUCUCACGAGGGCACAAAUGAGCUCUUUGAAUACAAGAAUUUACUGUUUUGAAUUAUGACAACCCACCAACCCCCACCUCCUUGUAAAUAGCCUUAUGAUACUUUUUUUUUUAUCUUUCAUGCUUUUGCUUAUAUAAGAAAAGUUUAAUGGAAAUCAUGAGCUGGUUUGUGCUUCAGAUAAAAGUGCCCCUGUUUGUUUGUUUUUAUAGUAAAUAUUUUUUCCAUUUACCCUACUUUAGUUGUAUAGUGCAUUAUCUAACACUUUUUUUGUUUUUGGAAAAACCUUUGCUUUUAAUUUGUCAAGGAACAUCUUUUUUUUUUAAUGUUUAUCUGCAAAGUUUUGGUUGUACCUUAUUUUAAUUUACUCUAUUCCCUGAAUUUAAUCACUGAGUUGUGGCAAUAUGUGUGUGUAAAUGUCUCUAUAUUUUUGUGAUGUAAUACAGCGGAAGCUGUGUGUGUGGCUGUACUUAAAACAAGGUGCUUGAAAGCCUUACAAAAUAAAAGCUGCUGGUUAAAGAGAGAACCCCUCAUGAAAGCACAUUGUCCCAUUCAGGUGAACUGCAUAGUGUGCUGCUAUUGUUGCUUAUUAUUAUUUUUCUUUCAGGCCUUUUCUUUUUUUUUUCCUUUAAAGAAAGAAAGAAAAACAGAUGUGGCACGGUGCCCUCUGGCCUUUUUCCUGCCAUUCAACUCCUCUAUUGUUGGUGUCCACUUUAAAAUAGGGUGUGAUCCUAUGAUCCUACAUGGAUAUAUCUAGUUCUAGUUAAAGAACAAAGAAAAUGUUAUUUUAAGGCUCAUUUCGAAG